AUGACCACCACCCUUGAACGAAGUCUUUCUCGUACAUCGAGCAUGUCAAUUCCGGUCUCCAGUCCUAGACUCUCUAUCAGAAAUGACGUGACACCCCCUAUGUCCUUCGAGCCCUCCUUGUCUCAAAUCCACGAUCGAUUGAAUCUACUCGACUCACGUGUUCUGGAGUUACGUUCGACCGUUCUCACCAAGGACGGUUAUGUAGACCGACGGAACCGUGAGGAUGAGCAUAUUCGUCGAGAAUUCGAAGCUAACCGUUCGAUUUCCAACCGAAUCGAUCUGAAUGUGGUCGCUCUGAGGACGGAUGUCGACCAGCUCAAGUCGGGUGUUUUUCAACUGAAGUCAAGCAUCGGCCAGGCGGGUAAUGAAACCGUCUUCCUUCGCAGUGAUGUGGAUCGACUCCAGAAGAAUGUCGACCAGGUGCAGGCCGACCUGGAACAGCUCCAGACCGAUGUGUGCGGAUGCCGGAUCGAGAUCAGCAAGCUCCAUGGUGCGAUCAGUCAACUGCGCACUGAUCUGAUCACUCUCCAACACGAGACUUCGCGCCACCUGAGCGCGGUCUUCAAUCGGUUCAACCUGAUCGAGGCUCGGAUGAAGCAUUCGGAACGCGUUCGGUUCAACUCUCUCGCCCAUACAACCCAUGCACCUAUCACUCCCGUUCCUGUUGUCGAAGAAGAUGGGGCCCUGCAGUGGCCUGAAUACUUCCCUCGCACAGUGUGGAGAUUUUGGUGCCUGAAGAAACGAAGCCGCAUCAGUCGACUUGUCCAACUCGCCGAAUUCUAUGAAUUGGGAGGCUAUGAGUAUUGGGGACGUAUGCAUCAAUCGGAUGUCAUGUUCAGCAACGACAGCGAUUCCAGUGACUCGAGCGACUACCCGUCCAACCUGACUCGGGCUGAGGCUGUCCGGCAGUUCCCCGAAGCAGCACACCAAGCUCUUGCUGCCACUCUGGGUCUGGUCUACUACAAGAUCCGAAACGAAGUGGGUGAGGGCCCAAAUACUCACAUUCCUCGCCCUCCGAAGCGCCAACAGGAGGAGGUGUCCUCGGUUACCUCCAGCUCCAAACAAAAGCCUGUUAAGAUGGCUCGCCGUCCUAACAACCUUUCCCCCACGACACUCCACCGGCUCGUCACAGGACCGUCCUUGGAAUCCAAGUCUUUGGUUUCGGAAGAGUCCGACAAGCUUGGGUGGAAUGUCCAUUCAGAUGUGUCCGACGACGCAAUGAGCAAGCUUCGAGGCAUCGUGUCCGAAGAGGUUGGUACGCUCCUUCGAGCCUUGGAGCAAGGCCGUCUCAAACUCAAGCCGAGUCGGUCCGAACGAUUGAACAUGUCCCCGACCGAAUCGAAAGCCGGCUCCUUUAUUGGUAAGAUCGGUCAUGAUGGAGCUCAGGACGAUGAAGUACGGACAGUCCCGAACACUAUCGCCACGGAGAUUGUCUCGCCCAAAUCUCGAAGAAAUGAAGACCACGAUCUUCCAGACACCGCUUCUGAUACCACUAGUCCACUGACUUGA